AUGUCAAACCUUAUUAGUGUAGGUGUCAUUCGGGCAAUAUUUAAUCCAAAAAGUAGUAAAAAACCAGAAAAACCGGUACUUCAGGUUGCAAGGGUCACUCAAAGCGAAUACUCUUCACUACGUCCGCAAAGGCUUAAAGUAGCUUUCAAUGAUGGCACUGAGCUUGCGCAGGGAAUUAUCCCUGUUAAGUUGGUAGAAAAAGUAAGUCAUGAUAUAAAACCAGGUCAACUUCUCAGGUUAACCUAUUACAAUUCCCUUAUUAAACAAAAUUUCGAGACCCAAGAAACUCUGAAGAUAAUAAUCGUUAUUAACUAUGAAAUGGCUGACAGCCGGUUAUAUACAAUCUUUGAAAAUUUAUCUCCACAAGUUAGAAACAUUAGACGUACAACUCCUUAUACUAGAUCCUUGCAACAAUCAAGUGAAUUUGUACCUAGUUAUACAAUUGAUGAAGGGUUUUCUCCCAUAAACUUACUUAGUCCAUAUGAUAAUACGUGGAAGAUUGAGGCACUUGUUGCUACAAAAAGUAGCAUCAAAUAUUGGCAAAAGUUUGAUGGAACAGGAAAAUUGUUCAAUGUAGUUCUUUCUGACAGUAGCGGUGAAAUUCGUGCUACAGCUUUUGGGCAACAAGUAGAUGAAUUUUAUGAUAAACUACAAGUGGGAAAAUUAUAUGAAAUUUCCAAAGCAAAGAUUAAUCCUGCCAACAAAAAAUAUUCAUCACUUAAAGCCGAUUAUGAGCUUGUUAUUGCGAGAGAAACAAUUAUUAGAGAAGUUCUUGAUAAAGAUUCUUCCAAUUUUAUGGUUUUUAAUUUCGUUAAAAUUUCUGAUUUAAUUGAAUAUGAAAAAGAUGACAUUAUUGAUGUUGUAGGCUUUGUUAUUAGUGUUAGCGAUAUUCAAGAGAUAACAACUAAAUCUAGAAGAAAUGUCAAUAAACGUGGUAUUAUAAUUAUUGACCAAAGUAAAUAUCAGGUUUCAUUAGCUUUGUGGGGUCAGCAAGCUGAAAAUUACGAUAAUUCACUCUUACAUCAAGUCAUCGCUUGCAAGAAUGUGCGGGUUGGAGAUUUUCAAGGACGGAAUAUCUCACUAGUCACUGAUAGCACUUUAAUAAUUGAUCCAAAUAUUAAAGAAGCGAAAGAAUUACGUGAUUGGUAUAAUUUACAUGGAUCCAAUUCAGCAUUUACCUCUCUGAAUGUAUCAAAAUUUAUGAUGCAAUAUAGUGAUGACAUCAAGACAUUGGAACAAACUAAAUAUGAAAGGCUUGGUCAGAAUGACAAUGUUGAUUUUUUUGUAAUAAUGGCAACUGUUUUGUUUAUAAAAAAAGGUACCUUUACUUAUCCGGCUUGCCCCACGUGCAAAAAAAAAGUUAUUGAAAACAAUAAUGAAUGGCAAUGUGGGAAGUGUUCUAAAUCUUAUCACGAACCUGAACAUAGGUACUUACUGACAGUUAGCAUAGCAGAUUUUACUGGCCGCGCAAUAUUAACAUUCUUUAAUGAAACCGCUGCUGGUAUUAUGGGAACUGAGGCAAAUGAACUCAUCCGAUUGGAAGAAGAGAACGAGGUUAGUUAUGAUGCGUGUUUUUCACGGGCAUCUUGCAGACCUUACAUGAUCAAAUGUCGUGCAAAAAGUGAUACCUUCGAAGAACGAAGCAUUGUUCGAUAUAAUGCACUGUCUGUAGCUCCAGUUAAUUUUGUCGUUCGGGUAAAGAAAUUAUACCAAAUGAUUUCUGAGAUGGAGGAGGACAUUAUUUCUUCAUAA